AUGGCGCCGCCUUCGCCGUCGGCGCCGUCGCCUGAGCGGCCGUUGUCAACACGACAGAUUUCUCGCCUGGUCAAUUAUCUUGACGAUAAUCUCCUCUCUAUCGUUCGUGCCUACCAGAAACGACAUGAACCACAGGCGUCUGUGCGCACAUUACGUGCAUACUUGGAUCUGUGGAAGCCGUGCGUCGAAGUGAUCGCUGCUACACCCUUGCAUCAGGAAAGUGUGCCUGUGCGCGAUACCUAUCUUUUCCGUGUAUUGAGUGAAAUGACAGAAGGUGUACGAGGCUUUGACAUCACUAGUGCCUCGGCCAAGGAGGCUGACAUGGAGCUUAUGUAUGUCCUCUACUGGAUGGAUGUCUUGGACAAGCUGUGGGCUGCUCGAUUUCACCAACGCCAUGUAUCUCUCCGUGAGAUUCAGGAUGAGUCCAAAGCCACUUUCCCUACACCCACCGAAGCUUCUCGUGUGCCAGAAGUGCUGGCCUCUGCUACAUCUCUGGGGUCACCUGUUAGCGAGGCGGAGGCUGAUCCGCCAGCAUCUGUCCCGAAGUAUAGUGUCACUGACUCGAUUCGACUGCGAGACGAAAUGCUUGAUGCCAAGGAGCAGCUUUUUGGUUGGAUGCGUGAUCAGCUAGGUGUGCCUAGACCGCCGGUGAUGGAGGAUGCAUGGACCGAGUCGCUACGUGCGAUGGAUGAGCCGGAAAAUGUACCUCCCAAUGAGAUGUCGACAGAGAGGCCGUUAGCAGAGCCUGCCUUGACUAUGCCUCGUGAGGAGAAAGAGGAAGACGAGGAAGAAGAGACGGUAAUGGAGACAAGUACGGAUCGGCACUAUGCUCAACUCUUCAAGCACAAACUCGAUCCUGACGCUUCGGAUGAAGAGGAGGACGAAGCAGCUGAAGAAGAAGCUCCGCCGAUGAAGCGUGCAAAGGCUACUGAUAAGACCCACUUGGCGUUUUGGGAUACCCACUUUGCUUCGCUCUUCGCGCGGUCCUUGCACCAUCUUCGUCCUGAUGCUGUAUAA